AUGAAUAAUAUGAACAUGAAUAUGAAUAGUAUGAAUAAUAUGAAUUCAAUGGGUGGUGCCGGUGGUGUUGGUUUCGGUAAUGAUUUGGGUAUGAUGAACAAUAUGAAUAUGAACAUGAACAACAUGGGUGGUCCAAUGAUGAACAUGAACAAUAUGAAUUCGAUGGGUGGUGGCGGCGGCGGUGUUCCAUCGGGUCCAUCAAUGGGUAAGAUGAACAACAUGGUCGGUGGUCCAAUGAUGAACAACUCGAGUAUGAUGCCAAACAAUAUCGGUGGUGGCGGUGGUAACUUUGACCCAAACAACUUUAGCUUGCCACCAACCAACUUCCAAGUGCCAAGCAUCAAUAACCAAGAUCUCCUCUCCAACAUGAACCAAAUCACCGGUAUGAAGCCAUUUAACAACCAGCCAUGGAGUAACAGUCCUCCCAAUGGUGCCAACAACAACAAUGGAGGUGGUCAAAUCUCGCCAAGUCAAAGAUACCAACCCGCAGUCUAA